AGGAAGAGCUAGGCGGCUGCGCAGACGACGCUCCUCUCACAGAGCAGCCCCAGACCCGGGCGAAUGCGGGCUUGUGCCGACGCCGCUGCCCGGGCCGUGACAAAGGAAGGAAGGAAGGAGGGAAGCGAGGAGUAGCCGGCCCCGCAGCCGCUGACAAGGCUUCGGGCUGGGGGCAAAGCGCGGACACUUCCUCAGCGGGCACCGAGCAGCGGCGAGGGGCGGGAGGGCGGCCGCGCUGGUGCCGUGGAGGGGGAGGGGGCCCCGAGGGACGGAAGCGGUUGCUGGGUUCCCAUGUCCCCGGCGUAUGGGGAGCAGUCGAGGAGCCUCUGCCUGGGGUCUGAAGGGAGCUGCCUCCGCCGCCGCCAUGGCCGCUGGAUCCAGCCGCCGCCUGCAGCUGCUCCUGGCGCAAUGAGGAGAGGAUCUGCCGCCACCGCCCGCUUCUGACUGACUCGCGACUCAGCCGCCCUCUAGUUCGCCGGGCCCCUGCCGUCAGCCCGCCGGAUCCCACCGCCGCCGGAGCCGCAGCGUUUGCCGUCGCAUCUCCGAGCUACCCCCUCCCUCUCCCUCCCUCCCUCCUUCCCAUCCCCCUUCUCUUCAAGCGUGAGACUCGUGAUCCUUCCGCGGCUUCCCUUCUUCAUUGACUCGGAAAAAAAUCCCCGAGGAAUAUAUAAUAUUCAAAGUACUUAUUUUCAAUCAAGUAUUUGCCUCCGUUUCACGUGAUAUAUAUAUUUUUUAGGAUCCCUCUUUUUCCUCCCCUCCCCCAGGAAAGGGAGGGGAAAGAAUUGUAUUUUUUUUCCCAUCCCCAAAUCAUCUGUAUGUGAAAUAUCCGUACCUAUCUGUCUUGAAGGAGAAAUACAUCGAUCGUUUUUUAUAGCUAUACGAAAGGAGUGAAAAGCCAAGAGGACGAAGUCUUCGUUUUUAUUUUUCUUGUGGGAGAACUUAAUGCUGCAUUUAUCGUUAACCUAAUACCCCAACACAAAACAAAAGGAAGACGAGGAAGGAAGGAAAAGAAGGUGAUUCGGGGAGAGAGGAUCAUGUCAGGGCGGCCCAGAACCACCUCCUUUGCGGAGAGCUGCAAGCCAGUGCAGCAGCCUUCAGCUUUUGGCAGCAUGAAAGUUAGCAGAGACAAAGAUGGCAGCAAGGUGACCACAGUGGUGGCAACUCCUGGGCAGGGUCCAGACAGGCCACAGGAAGUCAGCUAUACAGACACGAAAGUGAUUGGAAAUGGGUCGUUUGGUGUGGUAUAUCAGGCCAAACUUUGUGAUUCAGGAGAACUGGUUGCUAUCAAGAAAGUAUUGCAGGACAAGAGAUUUAAGAACCGAGAGCUCCAGAUCAUGAGAAAGCUAGAUCACUGUAACAUAGUCCGAUUGCGUUAUUUCUUCUACUCAAGUGGUGAGAAGAAGGACGAGGUCUAUCUUAAUCUGGUGCUGGACUAUGUUCCGGAAACAGUAUACAGAGUUGCCAGACACUAUAGUCGAGCCAAACAGACACUCCCUGUGAUCUAUGUCAAGUUGUAUAUGUAUCAGCUGUUCCGAAGUUUAGCCUAUAUCCAUUCCUUUGGAAUCUGCCAUCGGGAUAUUAAACCACAGAACCUCUUGUUGGAUCCUGAUACGGCUGUCUUAAAACUCUGUGACUUUGGAAGUGCAAAGCAGCUGGUCCGAGGAGAACCCAAUGUUUCGUAUAUCUGUUCUCGGUACUAUAGGGCACCAGAGUUGAUCUUUGGAGCCACUGAUUAUACCUCUAGUAUAGACGUAUGGUCUGCAGGUUGUGUGUUGGCUGAGCUGUUGCUAGGACAACCAAUAUUUCCAGGGGACAGUGGAGUGGAUCAAUUGGUGGAAAUAAUCAAGGUCCUGGGAACACCAACAAGGGAGCAGAUUAGAGAAAUGAACCCAAACUACACAGAAUUCAAAUUCCCUCAAAUUAAGGCACAUCCUUGGACUAAGGAUUCGUCAGGAACAGGACAUUUCACCUCAGGAGUGCGGGUCUUCCGACCCCGAACUCCACCAGAGGCGAUUGCACUAUGUAGCCGUCUGCUGGAGUAUACACCAACUGCCCGAUUAACACCACUGGAAGCUUGUGCACAUUCAUUUUUUGAUGAAUUACGGGACCCAAAUGUCAAACUACCAAAUGGGCGAGACACACCUGCACUCUUCAAUUUUACCACUCAAGAACUGUCAAGUAAUCCACCUCUGGCUACCAUCCUUAUUCCUCCUCAUGCUCGGAUUCAAGCAUCUGCUUCAACCUCUACAAAUGCCACAGCACCCUCAGAUGCUAAUGCUGGAGACCGUGGACAGACCAAUAAUGCCGCUUCCGCAUCUGCUUCCAACUCCACCUGAACAAUCCCAAGCAGCGAGCUGCACAGGAAAAACCACCAGUUACUUGAGUGUCACUCAGCAACACUGGUCACGUUUGGAAAGAAAAUUAAAAAGAGAAAAAAAACCUGUUCAUUUUAGUGUUCAAUUUUUUUAUUAUUAUUGUUGUUCUUAUUUAACCUUGUAAAAUAUCUAUAAAUACAAACCAAUUUCAUUGUAUUCACACUUUGAGGGAAAACCAGGGGGUGGGACAGGUUGUGGGGAGGGGGAAAGCAGAGCACUAGAACACACAAUCUCUCUCCCACGACAAUCUUUUCUUUUUUAUCAAAGUCUGCUGUUACGUACUUUUAAAAUAUAACUCCUGCCUCAUGACCCUUUCACAAAAGAAGAAAACCUUGUUCUGUGUUGAAAUUUUUUUUGAACUCAGUUUUCUUUUAAAGUCAGUGUAAGACUUUGGUAUAGUACAUAGCUUGAAAUUGGUUGGGAGCUUAGCAGGUGUAAUUCAGUGGGGACUUAAAUGUCACUUGUAGAAUUAAUCCAUAUCCUUGGGUAUUUGAAGACUUGCCUUUGGCAUGUUGGUGGCAGGUAUGGCAGACAAAAAAGAAAAUGUGUAUCAUUCAUAAACCAGGGAGGUAAAUAAAGUUUGAGAUUAUAAGGGGGAAGAUUGCUAAAUUGUUAGAUUUUGUUUUGUUCUUAAUCAGUGUUGGUGGUGAAAAAACUUGUGUAAGAAGCUGUCAAAGGAGGAGCAAGCCGAAUUCUGGCAUGCUCUAAGGUGGAUCCCUGUUUGCCUGACCAAAGGUUCUCUGCAGAUCUUAGUACUGUUUUAAACUAGUCACCUAGAAGGAGACUGAGAAGGGUAUUGGAUAGGUAGAUCCAGCUGCAGAGCCAGAAGCAGAUGAGCUAGAGGAAGGGGACAGGCCAAGGGCUCUUUGGCAGAUCUCACCACUGUGAAUGAAUUUUUCCAGAUAUUUUUUUCUCAAGUUGCUUCCCUUGGAAACAUAUACUCGAGAGGACACUAUAGUUAAAUAAUGUGAACUGUAACAGUCUACUGGUUUAUUUUCAUGUCUUUUAAUUGAAAAUUGAGCUUGCAGAAAUUGCCACAUUUUACAUGUAGUUCUAACUUUAAAUCCAAAUCGAGAAUCUGUAUUUAAUUUCAGCUUUUUUUAACCUCAUGCUUUUAAAAGUUUAUUUAUUGAUGCAUGUCAGAUAGGUCAUUAUGAAUUUAGAUGGUAGGAAUACUAAAAACUACAUCAAAAUGAUAUAAACAGUCACUUGUACCUGCUGAAUUCAUAGGAAAGCUAAUUAUAUAAAUGUAUGUAUGUAUGUUAAAUAUACCUAUAUUCAAUACUGCCUUUACUUUUUUGUCUGCAGUUUCAAAACUGACUGGUUGAAGCAUGAGGAGAUUGUUUCCCCACACACCCAAUUAAGAGUUUUUGUUCUGUUUUCUUUGUGUAUCCGUGAAUGGUAUAAGAAUCAAAGUCUGUUUUUGAAGAAAAAGCAAUAUUCACUGGAAAACAAGGAGAAUUGAAGGAUUAUGUUUGCAGUGAGGAAAUAGAUUUUCACAACUAGUUUGUUUUAUAGUUUUAAGGUUGGCAUCUAUGUGGGCCUUAUAUACUCUAAAAUGAACCUUAGUCACCUUGGUGCUUAUGGGCCAUUACUUGACCUAUGUAUCUUUAAGGCACAAUCAGUUGUUCUUUACAUUUAAAGAUCACUUGAGUGAUGGCCACCUUUCCUUUCUACCUGCUCCCUCCCCACACACCUUCCAAGGUUAGCUGAUAACUGUAGGGCUGCAGAGCUGAGCCCUAGGUUGUGUGUAACCUCCUUCACCCUCUUCAUUGCCACCUUGGGUCAGGUUAGGGGUCUCACCCUCUAGGUGGUUUGGAAGUGGGGUCUCUUGGCAGCCUUCAUGCAGGCCCCAGCACCCUUCCUGCUUCUUAAUCCAGUAUGUGUGACUCCAAGGAAGUCAUACUGCCUGCUGACGUGAACCAGUACCCAGAAAGACAACUGUGAGCCAUCUUAGUUUUCACUCACUGUUUAGCUAAGCUGUAAGGCCACAAAAGGGUUUUCUUAAACCUCUGGUUAUAUCAGAGUUCAUGAGAAAGAAAACACACUCAGUCAAACCAAAUCAAACAAAUCGAAUUUUACUUUUCAUAACGAGCUUCUGAAAGCUAAUUAAAGAUUUGAAAGAAGUCUGAAAGUAUUUGGCAGUGUAAUUCCUUAAGGGGAAUGGCUUUGAAUAGACUAUUUUCACAAAGGAUUUAUAAAGAAUCUGAAUGGCAGGUCAGUGACAGAAAUGGACCUGCUUUUAGACCAAACUGCCCAACCAAACAUUUGGACAAGGACACUACUCUGGACUUAGUGUAUUUGCUGGAGUCCAUAAAAAUCGUGCUUCUUUUAGGAAACACAUUUUUGCCUCACAAGUGGGGUGGGAGAAGAAGAGAGAAAAGUCAGGUGCUUUUCCCUCGUUUUGUGUGUGUGUGUGCGUGCGCAUAAGGGCUGAGGUGCAGUUAUUUUUCUUUCUCAAGGAUCAUGGCAGGAUCGCAGAACUCUUUUAUACAAGUGAGAUCCAGGUCUCUGAAUAUUUUUUUGUAAAUAAUAAUAAUGAUAAUAAUAAAAAGCUCCUCACCAAAUUCAAGCUUGUACAUUAUAUUUUCUUUCAAUGUUUUUAAAUUUAAGUUUUAUUGUUUUGUAUGUAAAUAUGUGGACCCAGGAACUGUUAUUAAUGAGCAAAAAGUUACUGUUCAGGGCAGUGAUUCUGUUUAAUAAUCAGACAAAAUGUAGACGAGCUUUUUAAAGCCAUAUAGUUUUAACUCUGUACAGUAGGUACCGGCCUGUAUUGUAACAAUAACUAGCAAUGUAUAGUGUAUCUAUAGUUUGGAGUGCCUUCGCUUCCAUGUUUUUGUUUUUCAGUUCUUAAAAUUGUAACUGGUUUCCUUUAUCCAUGUCUCCCUCUCCCACUUCCUUUUCCUUUUAAAUAAUAGCUCAACUCAUAAAACAGUAUCUUUGUCCCUUCCACAGUUAAGUUUCAGUGAUACCGUGCUCAGUGGGAAGAGGAAACCAUGUUCUUAAUCUCAUUUCAUUCAAGCUCUGCCUUUGUUUUGAAUCUGAGCGUAUUUCCUCCUCAGUAGCAGUGACCGGUUCCGUUUCAUACUUAGUCCAUCCAGGGACUUUGUUUAGCGCCAGGGAGCCCUAGAGCUGGAGGAUAUUGAAUAGAUUAGAUUUUGCUCGUCUCUUCCCCAAGCCCUAACCACGGGUCUUACAAACAGCAGAUUCUGGGAGCCUUCUAUGCUCUCUCUCCUCCUUAUCUACUUCCCUCCCAAAUGAAAUCAAGAGAGAGUUGGGUUUUAUAAAUCAGAGUAUCUUAAAUAGUAUCAGGUUUUGAUACAUCAGCAGUCUAAAAUGCUAGUGCAAUUACCUGCAGUUACUGCGCAGAGUGUCGCCAUGCCGCUAGAGGACUGUUAUUUUAACAAGGGAACUCUUAGCCCAUUCCCUCCCUCCUGCCAUCUCUACCCCUUGUUAGUGAAAUGUCAUUUUAAUUUUUUAAUAAAACCAGUUUAAUUCUUACUAUGUGCCCAACAUGAAGGCCUUUUAUGAAUGGGGAAAAAAAUCAAAAUUAUUUGUUUUGCCUCCAAGUACUCCAUAAAAGAUGUCUUGAAUAGAAGAAAAAACGAAUUUUACCAAACCAAAGGUUGCUGUUUUUGAAACAUCGUGUGUUCAUUCCAGCAAGGCGGAGACUGCGCCGCCUUUUCAAUGACUUGUCAUUUUUUAAGUCCUCUUAAUUUUUAGAUACGUAUUUUUGGUUUCUGUUUUAACAGAGUAUGCCUAACCAGCCAUCUUGUCUGCACCAAUGCAAAGGUUUCUGAGAGGACUAUUAUAUUCUCUAUCCCUGUGGAUAUAAAGACACUGGCAUUUCAUUUUUUUCCCUUUCCUUUUUAAAUAAUUUAACUUUGGAAUCUUCCAAAGGAAUUUUGGCCAAUUCCAGAUCCCCAGGAGUUUGGGGAGUUUUAUUUGUUUUAAACCAAAAUUCUGUCUGAUUCUUACUGUUCACGUUAAGUGAUCAUGCAAUCACAGAGCUGAACACUUAUCCCUUAAAUGGAAAAAUAAACUAAGCAUGCUUUACAAUAAAUUUUUUUUUCUUUCUGGUAGAAACCUGAGCCACUGAAAAUCAGAGAGACAACUAUAGAAGCACAGUAGAGUCCCAGACUGAGGUCUACGUUUGAAAGGCUUUUGAAAGUAAUCCCUGGGGUUUGGAUUAUUUUCACAAGGGUUAUGCCCAGUUUUAUUAAAGUUUGUUGCUCCAUUUUGCACCUCUGCAAUAAAAGCAAAGUGACAACCAGUACAUAAGGGGUUAGCUUGAGAAAGUAGACUUCCUUGUGUUAAUUUUUAAGUUUUUUUUCUUAUUAUAUCUGUCUACAGGCAGAUACAGAUAGAUGUAUGAAAAUGUGCUUGCCUGUAAAAUUUGCAUUUAUAAAUGUGUUGCCGAUGGAUCACUCGGGCCUGUACACAUACCAAUUAGCGUGACCACUUCCAUCUUAAAAACAAAUCUAAAAAACAAUACAUAUAUAUAUAUACAUAUAUACAUAUAUAUAUAUAUAAAGGACUGUGGGUUGUAUACAAACUAUUGCAAACACUUGUGCAAAUCUGUCUUGAUAUAAAGGAAAAGCAAAAUCUGUAUAACAUUACUACUUGAAUGCCUCUGUGACUGAUUUUUUUUUUCAUUUUAAAUAUAAACUUUUUUGUGAAAAGUAUGCUCAAUGUUUUUUUUUUUUUUCUCUCCUUUCCCCAUUCCCUUGUAAAUACAUUUCGUUCUAUGUGACUUGGUUUGAAAAUAGUUAACUGGUACUGUAAUUUGCAUUAAAUAAAAAGUAGGUUAGCCUGGAAAUGAAAUUAAAAUUCCAGUGUGUGGUCUUUAUUUCAGUACCCAACCCUCUUUCUUCUUCCUGCCUAUUUUGCCCCUGCAAUAUGUAGUCACAUCACCAUCUCCAUUUCUCCGAUUAGAGAACAUGGAUCUUUGUUAUAGAAAUCAAGAUACGAACACUAGUUCUCGUUCUUUCAAAUGGUCUAUUGCUCCAUUGUAUAGUCUCAAGAGGUGCAGCUUCCAUCUUGGAAACCUUUGAAUUGAUGGAGAGAAAGCCUUGCAGACACUGCUUUGAAAAGAAAGGAAAACAUCCCUGAAAGGGACAAAUUUUAAAAACUUGUGUAAGCUGCUGUCUUCGGUUACUGUGUUCAUGGUUUGGUGUAGCUGUAUUUUCUUUUAACUUUCAUUCCAUUAGUAAUGGUCUUCGGGGAUAGCCUGUAAAAUAUACAAACACCACAAACAGUGGGGCCGUGCCUCCUAGUUAACCAACACGUUGUGUUUGAGUCUAGUCAUUUCCAGUACUGGAUGAUGUAUGUAAACAUGUUAUGUCUCUUAGUGCAAAAAAGAAACGUCAUUUUUUCAGGGCUGGCUCAUUCUGUCAGGCCUACUCUAAAGGCUAGAUAUAAGGUCAUGUGACUGCUGCUUCAAUAAAAACAUUUAUAUUGGAUAAA